CUUUGUGCAGAAUUACAAUGGCUGGGUCUGGGGGCACCAAGGCCCAGAGCUCCUAACUCGUGUCUUCAAGAAGUGGUGCUCCCUUGGGACUAUCACAAGCAUGAGCUGCAAAGGUGUGAAUGCUCUUGCCCAAGAAGUUGUUUAUCCUAUUCCCUGGCAGGACUGGAAGAAGUUGUUUGUGGCAAUCAGUGCCUUGGAGCUUCAGAAACUCCUUAAGAACACCUAUGCAGUGCACAUAUGGAACAAACUGAGCCACGGGACCAAGUUAGAGAUCCCGUCCCAGGCUCUGCUGGCUCAGCUCUAUUCCCAGUUCUGCCCUGCCACCUACGCAAAGAUGAAGCAGGACUCUGAAGAGUUGUCAAGGCGUGCAGUGUGACCUGGGGCCCUUGGCUGCAGGGACAUUCCCCAGUCUGGAGGAAACCGAGUGCCUUUGACCUUCCCCAGAGUUGCUUUCUACACCCCAGAGCAGCUGUGCGACUGCUCUGUGCUUCUGUACCUGACAUUGCUGAUAUCUGCCUCUGAUCCCCUGUGUUUCAAAUUUACAGCAGAACCUGACUGCAGCCUCUCUUGCAGUCCUAUACGAGACCUGUUGCUGCAGGGAAGGUUGAACUCCUUCAGCAGCAUCUCUCAGCUAGUCCAUUCUUGGUGUUGUCCAAUGGCUCCUCCUGUGAAUCCCAGCCUGAGCAGCCCCUUGUGAUGUUUCAAAAGGUAUAGGAACCCCUUGCUCUCUGUUCAUUUCAAAUUUUUACAGAAUAUUCUGUGUACGAAUGGACCCACAGCCAUCUUGUGUCUAACCCCUGGCCACUCCAAUAAUCGGGCCCUGCGUAUGAAAGCGUCAUCCUCGGUGCCAUGUCCAUCCCUGGGGAGCCUGUUCAGUGCCCCAGAACCCUCUGGGGGAAGAACCUUCCCCUGAUACCCACCCUGCCUCUCCCCUGACCCAGCUCCAGCCAUUCCCCAGGUCCUGUCCCUGGUCACACAGAGCAGAGAUCAGGGCCUGCCCCGCCCCUUCCCCUCAUGAGGAAGCUGCAGAACUGCUGUGAGCUCUGACCUCAGUCUGCUCUUCUCAGGCUGAACAGACCAAGUGCCCUCAGCUGCUCCUCGUGUGGCUUUCUCUUCAGGCCCUUCACCAUCUUCAAAACCCUACUUUAGACACUCUCAAGCAGCUUUAGAGCUUUCUUAUAUUAUGGCACCCAAAAUCACAAACAGUAUUCAAGGUGAGGCUGCCCCAGCCCAGAGCAGAGCGGGACAAUCCCCUCCCUGGCCUGGCCUGGCCUGGUCAGCAAUGCUGGGCCCGGUGCCCCAGGACAGGGCUGUCCCUCCUGGCUGCCAGGGCACUGCCGGCUCAUGUCCAACUGGCCUUGUCAACCCCUGUUGUAUUGCACUAAAUAGUUUAUUUAGCUGUUGUUUUGCACGGGGUCUGUGUUUUGCACUGAAGAGUAUGUUGUUAUCCUCAUGGGAUUCCCCUCUUAUGUCACACAGUCUUCCCCCCCACCCCACCAAGCCCUGGUGGAGGUCUCUCCCAAGGUUACCCCCUCCCCUGGUCCCUCCCAUCACUUGUAUCCCAUUGGCUGUGUUCCCUCUUCUCCACCCCCUUCCCCUGGGUUUAAAAUCACUGUUAUCAGACAGUUGGUCUCUUUUUCCUCUGGUCCUCUUGCCCUCCCUUGGACCCUCUGGAGUAAUUCCACAAUAAAGCUGUGGGAUUUUUGGUCCUGAUGAGAAGAGCACCUCAAGUCUUUCACUUUUGUCCUUGUAAGGCUGCGAGGGGCCAGCAUCCAAAACUAGUGAGAUGGGACCCAAAAGGCCCCGAGAGAUGAGCUUUACAAACCCCUAGGUCCCUUUCCACAACACUGCUCUCCAGCCUCUCAUUCCCAGUCUGUCUGUACAUUCAGGUUUGUCCCAGUCCAGAUGCAGAACCCAGCCCUUGCCUUUGUUUACUUCACACAACUGGUGGCCAGGGCUCUCUGCAGAGCCUCUUUGCCCUUGAGGGAGUCAGCAGCUUCUCCCACUUUUGUAUUAUCUGCAAGCUUACUUAGUAUCCCUUUCUGUCCUGCAUUCCCGCUUUUUAUGAGGAUUUUUAAGAGAAUGGGGCCUAAGGCAGUGCCCUGUAGAACCCCACAAGUGAUAGGCUGCCAGUCAGCUGUCACCCAGGUUAUGUCAUUCUUUGUGCUCGACCCAUGAGCAGGUUGCUCAGCCAUCACAUGAUGUGUUUAUCCAGCUGUGGGCUGCACACUGAGAUAGAUUAUAUCCAAAGGUUUACUGAAAUCCAAAAAAAUUACAUCUACUGAUGUUUUUGGAUCAACUGGGUGGGUUACCUUAGCACAAGUUCUCCCCCUACAGUGGUAAGCAGCAUCUCCGUACUCCUUCCACGUCACCUGACCUUGCUUCCACUGGGCAUACCCCUUCCUUUUUUACCUUAUCUCCAAAAGAAGAUUCCUGUUCAGCCAAGGUGGCCUUCUGCCUCAUCUGCGUGAUUUCCAAUUUUUAGGAAUUGCCUGUUCCUGUGUCCUCAGGAGCUGGUGCUUAAAAAGUGACCACAGCACUGAUGGACCCCAGGACCUUCAAAAGCAUUCUCCCAGGUGUGUUGGUUCUCAAAUCACUUCUCAACUCUCAAAAAUCUCAAAUUUUGAGGAAAAAAAAAAACCCUCAAUUUUUUUUUCUCAAAAUCUCAAAUUCAAGAUUUCAAAAAUCUCAAAUUGAUGAACCAAAACCACUACACCGGGGGACUUUACUUACUGAUUCCCUGAGCAGCCUGAAGUCACUUCUUCCCAUGUCCAGGGUUGAAGUUUUGUUGGCACUUUUCCUCCUGUUGCCAGAUAUUUUAAACUCAAUGGCUUCAUGGCCACUGUGGCCAAGACAGCCGCCAAUCUCCACUCAGGAGGAUCACAAGAUCCUCUCUGUUGACAAGCAACAAAGCAAGGAGGGAGGGCAUCUUUCCGAGUCAGCCCUCUUAGGACCUGUAGCAUGAAGUUGUCAUCCACGUGAUUCAGGAACACAUAGGGAGUAUACGAAAAUUGUGUUAAAGAAACAGAUGGUCAUCAGAUCCAUUUUAAGGCCUGCUAUGGAUCUGAUGACCAUCUCCUCACCUAAAUGUGUUCCCUGUGUGUCCAGGUCAUUGUAUUGUAAUAAAGUAUUUGAAAUUAACCUCUUAUGGAAUGAGAAGAGGAGAUUAAAAGAUCCUGGAGUUCUGCUUGUGCCAAAUCAAAGCUUCUGUGGGGAAGGUAAAGUGUAAGCAAUGUGUGGUUAUUGUAUUUUUAGAUAUGCAGGGA